CUUGAGCGGAAAUGACGUCGGUGCCGGAAGUGGCACUGCUUGAGUGACGUCAGGGGGCGGGGCCCCCUCUGGCUGCUGCUGGGGCAGGGAAUGGCGGCGGGGCAGCCGGAGUCUGGGCUCCCUUCCUCCUCCUCCUCCUGCAGGGGCUUCGCUAAGCGGGUCCUGGUGACCGGAGGCGCCGGUUUCAUUGCAUCUCAUGUGGUGGUUUCCCUUGUAGAAAAGUAUCCUGACUAUAUGAUCAUUAAUCUAGAUAAGCUGGACUAUUGUGCAACCUUAAAAAACCUAGAGACUGUUUCUGAGAAACAUAACUACAAGUUUGUUCAGGGGGAUAUCUGUGAAUCCAGUUUUAUAAAAGAAUUAUUUGAGACUGAGAAAAUUGAUAUAGUAUUACAUUUUGCAGCUCAAACACAUGUAGAUCUUUCAUUUUUGCACAAACUUGAAUUCAACUAUGUUAAUGUUUAUGGAACUUACAUUCUUGUUGGUGCUGCUUAUGAGGCUAAUGUGGAGAAGUUCAUAUAUGUCAGUACUGAUGAAGUUUAUGGGGAAAGUUGUGGUCAGGAAUUUGAUGAAUCGUCGCCUAAAAAACCUACAAAUCCUUAUGCAACAUCUAAGGCAGCUGCUGAAUGCUUUGUCCAGUCUUAUUGGGAAAGAUUCCAGUUUCCAGUUGUUAUCACACGGAGCAGCAAUGUUUAUGGUCCCCAUCAAUUUCCAGAAAAGGUUAUCCCGAAGUUUAUUUCGCUCUUACAUCAGAACAGAAAAUGUUGCAUUCAUGGAUCUGGACUUCAGAGAAGAAAUUUUCUUUAUGCUAGUGACGUAGCAGAUGCAUUUCUUACUAUACUGAAGAAGGGACAGCCAGGUGAAAUCUAUAAUGGGACAAACUUUGACAUGUCUAUUACACAACUUGCAAAGGAUUAA